CAGGGAAAUCUCUUUGUUUUCUUUCCCUUUUAAGUUUUAUAUUUAUGUUUCAAUCUCAUACUCUGCAAUUUUGGGUUCUUCGUAUUGUUUAGUUAGCUUGGUUUUGUUUCAAGUAUUAUUUUUGAUAUCGCGUGAUCAUGAGGAACAGACUUUGGUGUAUAUAUGCCCCCCCAAGUGUUUGAAUAAACACCUAGGAGAAUUGGUUGAUGUAUUAGCUCGUCUUUGACUAAUUUAACCUGGAAAUCAUAAAAUUUGAAAAGGGUUUUGGUGUUUGAUCUCCCCCCCCCCUACUUCCUAGAAAAGAACAGAAAAAAGAAGGAUAUAUAAAUCCUCUCAAUUUCAUACAGUUUUAGUUGACUCUUGGACUUUAGUAGAGAAUCUCUACAAAUCUGAAACUUAUCAAGGCGGUUUGAUAUCUCUGCAAAUCAUUGUUAACCACUACAUUAGUUCAUCCAUGUGAAUGUCCUAAAUUCAAAGUUUAUCUUUUCUGUACAGAAGACACUUGAAUGCCAGUGCUGAAGUCAAUUUUUUACUGGCCCUAUUCACCUUGAAAAGGGUGAAAUGCUGGAUUGUCUAAAGCCUUCAUCUUCAUCUAUCAGAUCAAAUCAUCAUUCACAACCACAAGGCAGUUCGCGUGAUGAUACACUAAGUUCAAGCUCGCAACCUUCACCCAGAGGGAAUCUUACUUAUGCAUAUAGUAUUGCUGUCCAGACGAAUUCGUACAGUGAGUUAUGGUCUAUGAUUCACCCACAAAACUCGAGUCAAGAAUCAAAUAUUGAGAAUGGGAAGGACCAAACAGCAGAACAGCUAUUGGUUGACGUCCUCAAACCAAGUCAUGACUGUAUAGAGGCAUUCCUCUGCCAAAUCAAACAGACCACUCUCACCCGCCUCGUAUCUGACUACUUUAGACAUAGUGAGGACACCUCACUUCGUUGCAUCCACCUUCAAACUAACGUUCGAAGUGCUCGAACUCUCUACCACCAUCUUCAUGUUCUCCUUGACGUUCUCCCUCCAGAUUUUGACACAAAUCCUCUAUCCCAACCUCAGUGUAACCGGGCAUUUGAUAUACUUUUGGAAUUCAAUGGCUUCGACAACCCUUUCCCAUGUCCUUCAUCCCACUUCUUUGGCGACAUGCGAACAUGUUUCUCUCUCCUCAAGCAACAACUUGAACAAAGACGUAACAGGUCCUGCUCUCAAGGCCCUUUGAUUCCUGUUCUAUUUGCCUGCCAAAAGAAUCGAAAAGAGCUAGCUCAGGUAGAGGCUGCAGCCAGGGGUAUUUUUGUCUUGAAUAACCACCUUGACACAAUUGACAGGCUUGUGAGGCAUUUACAUAAUGCUGUUGAAGAUGAUAAGCCUCUAAUUCAGCUUGGGACAGAUUGGGGAAAGGACAUAUAUGCUAUCCAGCGUGUGUUGAAACAGCUUAGUUUGAACCAUCAUACUUUCUUCCGACAGCUUAAGGAACUAGAGGAACACAUAUGCCUAUGCUUUCUAUAUAUUAACAGUGUUAGAUCUCUGCUUCUUGAGAAGCUCCAGUCAUCAGCAGGCUCCAUUAUUCAUGAGUCAGCAGGCUCCAUUAUUCAUGAGUCAGCCUCAUAACUAAAAUCAGAUUGAAUCUAUGUCCAAAGGAUUGCGAACAUGCUAUCAAUAAUUUCUCAUUAUAAGCCAGCUGCAAUGGAGGUUGAUCAAUAGCGUUUUUCAUUUCAAUAGUUGAGAUAUAAAUUAUAAAUUUGUGAAUUGAUAAACAUUACUGCCUAUUGGUGCCCACAUUAUAAAUAUUUAUAAUGAUGAUCUUAAAGUGUAUACUUGUGUUUCAUGAACUCUUGUUCUUGACACCAACAAAGAUUAAUAUAUUCAAUUUUUUAGUUGCA